AUGAAGGAGCCGUUCGGCGUGUCACCCACCAAGACCCGCGGUCGACUCAGGGAGCCGCGGCUCGCCUCCUCUGACGUUAGGGAGCCGCAGCUCGCCUCCUCCGACGUCAGGGAGCCGCAGCUCGCCUCCUCUGACGUUGGGGAGCCGCAGCUCACCUCCUCCGACGGCAGAGAGCCGGGGCUCGCCUCCUCCGACGUCAGGGAGCCGCAGUUCGCCUCCUCUGACGUUAGGGAGCCGCAGCUCGCCUCCUCCGACGUCAGGGAGCCGGGGCUCGCCUCCUCCGACGUCAGGGAGCCGCAGUUCGCCUCUUCCGACGUCAGAGAGCCGGGGCUCGCCUCCUCCGACGUCAGGGAGCCGCAGUUCGCCUCUUCCGACGUUAAGAAGCCGCAGCUCCCCUUCUCUGACGUCAGGGAGCCGCGGCUUCCCUCCUCCGACGUCAGGGAGCCGCGGCUCGCCUCUUCCGACGUCAGGGCGUCGCAGCUCGCCUCCUCCGACGUCAAGGAGCCGCAGCUCGCCGCAGCUCCCCUUCUCUGA